AUGGCAGACCUCGGAUUUCCGCAUUACCAGCUCACGGCGAUUCUGACCGCACUCGGGUCGAUUGAUCGUCGACUAAGCCGGAUUGAGACAGCGUUGAAAAUCCCAGGUUUCAACAAUCCGCGCUCUCCAGCUCUCGCGGGCGUUCCCUCGACUUCCUCCCCCGCAAAUCCCGCGGCGGCUGCGGCGGCUGCUGCCGCUGCCGCUGCCCAGGCGGGCCCCGCGGGACAUAUCGCACCGGCCCCGCAGCGCCCUCCACUACCUGCAGGACCACCCCCACCAACACUUCCAGGCCUUCAUCAACCACAACCACCGCCGCUAUCAUCCGGCGGUCUUCUCACAAGCCAUGCCGAGAACACAGGGAACCUCACUCCCAAUGUGCACCCUCUCAACACCACACUAGUCACAGGCAAGCCGCCGGCAAUGCUUCCCGUUUGGAAGAGAAUGGUUUGA